GAGCUGGUGGGCCGCGGAUCGUCUCCGGCCGGCCGGCCGCGCGCGCUGGCAGCGGUGACGGCGGGUCAGUCGGCAAAGAGGCUGCGGCCGGAGCGGGGCGCCGAGGUGCGUGCCGUGUGCGUGUGCGUGUGCAGGGCGCCGCCCAGUGAGACAAGGGGUGUCGUUUUCUGAGGACGGCAGCUGGUUUGGUGCAGAGGACUCGUAGACUGAAGGGGAUUAUGUGAGGACUACGCACCACGUGAGGAUUACGGGAUUGGUGUCAUGAGAGCGACUGCGGAGAGGUGGGCGGCCGUCGCGCCGCGCUGAGGACACCAUGGUCCUGCGGCGGCUGUUCGGCCGUCCUCAGUCCUCCGAGGACGGUCUGCGGGCGGACGAUGAGGACGGAAGGACCGCGGAGGACCUGCCGCCGGCGCUGCCGCCCCGUCCCCUCCGUCUGCCGCCGAGAGACAUGGGCCCGCAGCCGCCGCAGCAGGACGACAUGCCCCCGCCAGCGGCGGCGGCGGUGCCUGUGGUGACGCGGAGGCCCUGGUGGCGCUCGGUGACGCGCAAGUACGUCAUCCUGUGCUGGGUGUGCGGCGGCCUAGCCGUGCUGCUCGGCCUGCUGUACGUGCUGCUGUACUUCCUGCUGCGCGCCUACACCAGCAGCAUCCACUUCUUCGAGACCAUCCCCACCUACGUGCCCGCCUGCGUGCUCAUGGUUACGGGAUUUCUGCUGCUCUGCUUCAUCAAACGAAGAAAUCGCUUCUCCUAUCUGAUCAAGCUGUCUGGUUUCUGCUGCCUGGUGUCGGCGGUGCUGUGCGUGGUGAUCACCGUCACCACCGCCGUGGUGCACAUCCACCGUCUGCAGACGCUCACCGAGUGUGUGUUCGCCCAGUCCGUACACACCUGCACGUGCUUCGCCGGACGCCUGGAGGACCCGUACGAGGGUGAGGAAGUGAGUUACGUGUUCCGCUCUGUGCCGGACUGUAAUGUCAUCCACGGAGCACUCUUCUCCUGUCUGCGCGCGCUGUUCGGACUCUCCGUCAUCGGCGCGCUGGUCUGCAUCUUCUCCUGCAUGCUCGUCUACCAGCUGCUCAGCCACGAGCGUAAGAAGAUGUACUGGGAGCAGCUGGAGCUACGCCAGCGCUACUUCUUCCAGGCGCACCCGCCGUUCCCGCCCUCAUUCUGCGCCAGCGAGCCGGCCUGGCAACAGUGGGAGUUCGUCGACGACCUAACGUACUGGCCGCAGCGGACCCUGGAACCGUGCUCUCCCAGCCCAGAGGAGUCGACCACCAGCCGUUCAGCCCUGAUCGGGGGAUCCUCCGGCCGGCCUGCCAUCAUAGGUGGCAGCACCGUACCGUCGCGCCGAGCGGGCGGGCGCAGCUGGAUUCCCUGGCGACGAAACAACAGGUCUCGUCAGGAUAGGGACGACACGCCGCCCCGCAGCGUGACGGCUCCGUUCGGGCUGGGCGGCGGCCGACAGUCUGUCCCUGUCCGCCACGCCAGCCGCUCCAACGACGGAGUAUUUCACCACCUGACGGCUCAGCGGUACAGCAGUCCUCCAGCACUGGGACAGCUCGCCUGGAGCCACUGGGGGCCUCCACCUCCCUACUCGCAGCCCCCGAGCCUGCAGAACAUCACUCAGGACUCAGGCCCCUCGACGCCAGGCUCACUGAUGCGAGCGGCCGCCCGGCAGACUCCGGUGGCGCCACACAAGCGCCAGGACGGCGACGGGGAUAACCUCAGUUUCAAGUCAGAGGCGUUAGAUGUCACUAGCAAAUCGCCUGCGUGUGGUGCCAGGGCGGCGAUGCAGCACGAUCGUGUAGGAAUGACGGGGAGUCUGCCGACCAGGCAGAGAGGUAGGACCAUCGCCGGGAGGUCGCUAGAGGACAUCCUCAACAGUAAAACGUCAGUGGAGGAAAGAUCGCCGAGGUCUGCAGUCACGUCUGAGGAAAGAUCGGCGUUAUCUUUGUACGGGAGAUACAAAAGGCCUCUAUUUACUGCCCUCGAUGAGGGCCCUCGAGGACUGAAUGUAGACCGUGCUGAAGACAUUCCAGGAGACUGCUCAGGUGUUUAUUACAUUCCCAACGUUUCUGAGAUCAUCUCUCACGGUACGGUCGGAUCCCGGGCGUUCCCUUCCGGUCGUAAGCAGCACGUCAUGCAGUGCGGUUUAGAGGCCGAUCGGCCUGUCUCCCCGCCACUGUGCUCCGCCAGCCGCUCUCCCCGGCCGGCCAGCCCCGUCUACGCUGCUAACCACGUGCUCCCCUCAGCGGUGAGGGUGGGGCCGGAGGGCGCUUCAACUCCCCACGCCGAGCCGCUGCGGCGACCGCUGCUGCUCUUCGGCUCGACAUCCGCGGUGCGGGACUCUCCCAGCGGCGUGUCCAGCUCGACGGCCAGUCCCCGGAGCGAGACCUCCUCCUGUUUCAGUCCUCCCAGUCGCGCGCGGAGUCCCUCACGGCUUGUGGCGGGCGGGCGACACCCGCGACAGCUCUCGUCCCGCAGCAGUCCGCAGCUGUCUCGCGCCCGACGCACAGCCGCUGCCGUCUCUCCAGCGCCGGCCUCCUCGCCGUGUACCCCUCUCCACGGCAGAACGUUUGGGGACAGUGACAGCGACCAGGAGUGUGCCCACGGCAGCGGGGGCUCCCCGUCCGGCUCGGCGCGGUCCGGCCGGCGCCGCCAGCUUCUGAGGUAUGUGAGCGACGACAGCGGCUCCCGCUCGGCGGCGGGCGGAGGGCGGCGGAGGAGACCCCGCCCGGUCCGAUCGCUCUCCUCCGGCCGCUGCGGGAGCUCCGGAGCUCCCAGCGCUCAGCGGAAGGACAGGUUCGUCCAGGAGCGGGCCCACAGCGAGGACCUGUGGGCAGUCAGUGGGGAGGGCGAGCGGGGGACGCGGGAGGCGCGCGCCUGGAGCGCUCGUCGGCAGCGCUCGGAGGGCUCUCAGCGGCCGGAGGUGGGGAGGGGUCCGCUGGGCGACCGGGGCCAGUCGCAGGGUCCGCUGAGCGCUGGGGCUCCGACGCCGCUCUCGGAGCCCAGCGUGGCCCGAAUCCGGCGGCUGAGUCGCGCCACACCCGCCAGAAUCGCCAGUGUCGAUGAUGAUCUCAGCGCGCGCAUUAAACGGGCUCACGUGAGCACAUUCUCUAGGUCAGAGCCGAGCACUCCGCUCCGAAAGCAUCGCGUCAAGAAUGUCUAGCUUAGUCGUGCCACUGCUGUGGCUGCCAUAAGUCGUGUUGUCGAGACAGUUUUGUAGUUGACAAUACGUUGUUACCGUGUGUGCGGGAAAGAAUGCCAUCUCGCUGCGGCAGUACUCGAAUGUGCAAUAUCAGGGCGCCUAAAUACAACAUUGUUUCAGCCAUACGGUUCGUAGAUAGUACCUAAUUUAGGCAUUUGGAGACAAUGCCUUUGAUUUUUGUCCUCGUCACAAUACGCUUAUGUUAGUCACUAUGCCUAAGUAAAUGUGUAAGAAACAUGCGAUGACAGUCCUGUGCUAUAGCUGAAUAACUGCGAAGUGAAGCGAAAUAAAGCAUAAUACCUCGA